AUGACGACCGUUGAAAGAUGGCAGGGGCAACUGCCGUCCCACCUGAGAGGCGGCGAGGGAAGUUCAACCCAGGUGGCUACCCAAGAUAGCCCAGAUGUCGAAUGUACGGAAGGCCUGAGGCACAAGUUGUCAAACUGGCGAGCUUCUGUUCCUUUUCGCUCACCUCCAGAUAUCAUAUCGAAACCCGACCAACGAGUUGAUCCCAAGACACCACAGUACGAGGAGUCUGAUUCUGGUAUCGGAAUCACCACGCCAUCAUCUCAGGAUGAUCCAAACGAGCCUCCUGGCUUAGAGCUUCCCGGGGCUGAUCUUAGGCAUUUCGACAGGCCUGUCUCUGACCGCCUGAAAGCGCGAUUCUUCGACAUCAAAGUCCUGUACACCCAACCACUACUAGAUUACAUCCUCAAGAGGAAGAAGAACCCCGGAGAUAUCUCUAUGAAGCUGAAAUACCUGGGACUCAGUUCACUAAGCGCCCAACUUCAUAUCGUCAUUCAAUGCGAAAGAAAGAUCGCCAAGAGAGUGAGAAAGUUCUUCGCGCAAGGUCAUGUUGAAGAAGAGCUUUUGCCUGACUUUCGGGUGUUUGUGCUGGAAAAGGCACUCUUGCGACUGACGGAUGACGAGGCGAUAGAGGUUCUGGCAGACUCUGUGCCAGAGAGAACAUGGUGUGGAACGCCCAUCAGGCUGAGGCGAGGCAAUGUGUCUGUCGUAGCGACUUUUGGUGGUAUUAUUGUGGUAGAAGCCACUCACAAGCGUCUAGUUGGCUUGACAGCUGCCCAUUCUCUGAAGAAAUUGCACAGCCCUCUAUCUGAUCAGCUCUUGACGCAUGAUAGAGAGGUGCCCUUCUCAUCCUCAUCCUCGGACGCUUCCGAGAGCGAAAGCGACUCUGAUUGCGAGUCCACGAUCACGACUGAAAGCUCAGUGCAGCAUCCUGAGCACUUGGAUGGCAAGGGACUGGACACCACUGCGUCUCAAAACACUUUGGAAAUCGGUACCAUAAUUUGCAAUACAUUCGAUACUCCAAUGGCUCAAAACUAUGACUGGGCUAUUAUUGAUUUGAGCCAACAAGCGACAUUACCUAAUAGAGUUGUCCAAGUUGGACAGUCUGACUCGUCAGAUUUUGAGGAAGAAGCCGACCUUGAACCCAUCAUAUUCCCAGUUGGGAAUCCUUGUGUAUCAGUGUCUAGGCAAGUCAUGGUACUAAAGAAAGGUGCCAAGCCGAUUGGAGAGAUGUCUCUUGACACUUCCUCUGUGCUGAUAUCCCCCGGAUCAUCGUUUGUUGAGGUCUAUGAUCUUGCCAUGGAGCAUGGCUCUUCGUUAAAUCCCGGUGACUCCGGCUCAUGGGUAGUCGAUGCGAAGACCUCGGUAUUAUAUGGUCAUGUUGUUUCAACUGAUGCCUUUGGAGAGGCCCAAGUGAUGCCCAUUCGUUCGACUCUCGACAGUAUUAAGGUGCAGAUGAAUGCCACACGGGUAUUCCUGCCCAAUAUUGAUGAGAUCAAACUGUUGCAGGAGGAAGUGAGGAGUCAAGCACCAGCCAACCUAGAAAUUUCACCGGUCACAGAAGCAUGCGAAAAGCAGGAAGCUGCACAGGCAACUCGCCCAGAAGAUAUGAAGGGAGGCCAGUCUGUGUCAUUCCCACCUUUCAAGGAAGCCCCUGGUGAGUCUUCGUCUAAGCCCGCACUAUCUCAACAAGAUAUUGUUGCGCAGAGCCUCGAGAUCGCUCGUGAAAGUCCUGACGGGGCUUCGUAUCCUUCCAUCAGAGAGAUCCUUGAAUCUGCCCUGGAAGAAAUAUGGGCCAAAGUACAGGAUCAGCCUGACUCGUAUAUUAUGACGAGAGAUGAGUUUGCCGUCUUCAAUUUCUUCCAGGGUCGCUUCGCCGGUGAUAAAAUGGCAAUCUCUGCUCGAAAGAGAUUUUGGGAAGCAGCAGCAUCUGUAGACUCUUCAGAAUCUACAAAGACCGAAAGUAGUGAUCUUGCUCAGAUUGACGCCAUUCGGGAGCUGGUCCAGGCCUCAUAUCGACGCGCUGGUACACAUGGCACAGAUUUCGCCAACGUGGCUACUAAAUUGUAUAGACUUGAAAUGACUCUUAGGCGGCUGCGAGAUGAAGUCGCCGAGGAACGAAAAGAGUUGCCUAUGCACAUCCAACAAUCCUACACAAAUCAUCUCCAUUCACUAGUCGAGGAUUGGGAUUUCGCAAUGAAGCGAGUCAAUUCUUUACUUGAUACGUAUCAUGAGGAGAUAAGUCUUGCCGGGGAGGAGGGUUCCAAGAGUGGUGAACUGAAGCCCAUAGAGCCUGUCUUAGCUGGUAAAAGGAUGGCAAUUGAGCUGCUACUAGACUCAAUCCAGUUACAAAAGCCUCAAAUUUACGAUCAACACCAAUCUUACCUCGAAGAAAUCAAGGACAAGGUCGACCAUAUUGCUGCUCACCUUUUCGCCCACUGGAAUGCUGAAUCCUUUUCAGGAGGGAAUGACGCUUUAUGGCGACAUUUCCAGCUACUGCUGGAGAAAGAAGGAUUCUCUUCUCAAGUCCUAAGCAAAAAGAAGGAUAUCCUCAUGGCCUAUAUCAACGACCUUGGAUAUAUUGCCGAUACUACGACCAAUAAACUCUCUCAUGCCCCUAAAUCCCUUGACAACCCUCUGGAAACUGUCCCUCGUGGCCAAAAGAGGCCAGGCAUGGAGCCCAAGUUUGAUGCAACUAUACAAAUGGAUCUCAUUACAACAAAGGACAUUAUUGCCCUUGAUAAAAGGGAUUCAGUCAUGCAACAGAUCCAAGCUAGGCUCGCAUCAAGGGGGGCAGACACUCUACAACAGGCCUUGACAGCACAGGUUUCGCCAGUAGGAACUUAUCUCCCAAUGAAGAAAACAUCACCAAGCUAUGUCUCAUUGCCCACACACAAACGUAAUAACGAUCGGCCCGGUCUUGCUCAAUCCUCUCGACACAUGGCCCCCGAUCAAUAUGGCAGAAAAAUAGCCGACGAUGCCCAUUGGACGAAGAUAUCACGCAAACUUGUCAGUGUCGAGGUUCUGCAACAAGCCGGCGUGCGAUACGAAGCAAGACCAGAUUAUGUAGCCAUACUUGGUAAUUUAUCCAGAGAACAGGUGGCAAAGCUCGUUCACGAUAGUGAAGCGACGAUAACCUCCCGUCCUCCACCGCCAUAUCUUGAAGGCGGAAGUUCUUCCGGGCAAGGACAUCCUGUGUUCGCAAACAUCGAUGACGAAGAGGUGUCCUUCAUCCCUCUGAUCGAAGGCGGCGACAAGGAUAACGCAGCUGUUCGAACACAUCGCAGGGGGACUACCAAGACUCGUCAUGGCGAUGUCGCAUGGUAUCCCCCGCGCAAGGAGGCCGAAAAGAAGCAAGAAAAGUCCGGGCGUAAACAAGAGGCUUUAUACGGAACCCAAUUUGAUGGGCCUGAUGGGCCUAUUAUACGCACAAAACGCAACCCUUACAGGAGAAAGAAUGGCAGGAGUGGACUUCAUCACAGCGUAAGGUCCUAUGAUAAGGGUGUUCCAGGUGGUGUAGUUGGAAUUGGCAGCGCUGCUGUAAGCUUGCUCAGUGUGCUAUCUGAGGCUGCGUCAGCUAUCUAG